GGCUACAAGCAUCCUCGUCAUAUUCCCCGUUGAAAUAUUAAGCAAACGGCUGCAAGCAUUCUCGUUAUAUUCCUCAAAAUCAAAGGGUAUUUACGUCCAUCUGCAAAACAAUAAUAGCCUUGCUUCCCUCACUCGCUUCUCUGCAUCUGCAGAUCUGCACCGCCAUCUUCAGGAAAGGAGUGAGAGAGCUUUCUUGAUUACAUAGGGCGAGAGAGAGUUUUCUUAAUUACACUUCUACCCAUUCGGCUCAUGGAUGAAGAAGAUGGAAGGAGAGAGACCUCACAGAAGCGGCAGUAGCAGCAGCGAGCUCUUCAUUUGCUUCACAUCCAGACCAUCUUCUUCUUCCAACACAUCUUCCAUGAAAAUAUCCUCGAAAUCGAUCCUGAGCCCUGGUCGUACGGACAAGCUUCGAGAAGGGGUGACGACGUUGCCUUCUUCUCUCAGCAGAAGGCUCCGCAGCAAUGGCAGCAUGAAAGGAGGGCAAUCGUCGCCCAUGUUCCCGACGGGGAGCAAGAAGAAGGGCUGCGCUUUCGAGACGCCGGAACCGUCGUCGCCCAAAGUCACGUGCAUUGGGCAGGUGAGGGUGAAGACGAAGAAGCAAGGGAAGAAGAUGAGGACGAGGUCGAAGAGGCGAGGCGGGGAUGGGAGUUUCAGGAAAACAGAGCAGAUUCAAGAAGGGCAGAUGCAGCAGCAGCAGCAGCAGGAGUGCUUGCCGAACAGAAACCAGAGAUGGGUUCACCUCCCUUUGAGCAUUUGCGAGGCUUUGCGGGCUUUCGGGGCGGAAUUCAACUGCUUCGUGCCGUGCGGUGGGCGGUCUUCAUGUUCUUCUUCGAAUGCGGGGAUGGAGAGCGAGAAGGGAGAGAAGCGUGCUGCGGUGCCAGCCGGAGGGACGCCGCCGACGAGCUCGUGUGGGGCGGUUUUCGCAAAGUGGUUGAUGGCGUUGCAGGAGAGCGAAGAGGGGAAGAGGAGGGAGAUUGGGGGGGAGAUGGUUGGGAUUGUGGGUGCUGAGGAUGAGGAGGAGAAAGAGAGAGUCGAGGAGAAGAAAGGGGAAGAGAAGGCCGAGGUGGAGAUCGAGGAGGAGGAAGAGGAGGUGAACGUCUGCAUCCCGCCGAGAAAUGCUCUGUUGUUGAUGAGGUGUAGAUCUGAGCCGCUGCGAAUGUCGUCGCUGGCAAAUCGAUUCUGGGAUUCGCCCGCUCAGAAGGAAGAAGAAAACGAGGACAGAAACGAAGAGGAGGAAGAUGAAGAUGAUGAUGAAGAGGAACAUGAUUAUGAGGAAGCUGUAGAAGAAGAGCAGCAGAUGGAGGGAGAAGCAAAGCAAAAGGAGGACGAAACGUUGGAGAAAGCGGUUUCAGCUGAAGAACAUGAAAACACGGAAGAAGAAGAAGAAGAAGAGUAUGGAGAGGCACAAGAGCAAAAAGAAGCAGAUGAAGAAGAAGAAAGGGUGGAAAAUGGAUCUUCAGGUGUAUCUCUAGAAGAGCAAGAAAAACCACAAGAAGACGAUAAGGGAAAGGAAGAAGCCCAGUUACAGAAACCAGAAGAAGAGGGAGAAGGAGAGAAAGAAGAAGAAGAAACCCAGUUGCAUAAAACAGAAGAAGAAGAGAAAGAAACCCAGCUGCAGAAAAUAGAAGAAGAGAAAGAAAAUCAGUUGCAGAAAACAGAAGAAGUAGAGAAAGAAAUCCAGUUGCAGAAAACAGAAGAAGAAGAAGAAACCCACUUGCAGAAAACAAAAGAAGAAGAACAGAAAGAAUCCCAAUUGCACAAAACAGAAGAGGGGGAAGAAGAAGAAGAGGAGGAGAGAGAAGAAAAGAUGGUAGAAGAGAGGAGGAGCAGCUGUUCGACUGCGUCCGUACAGCUAGGAAAAGAAGAAGAAGGGGCAGAAGCUGUUCUGGAAGAAGAGAGGUCAACGGAAGAGGAAAAUGAGAAGACCGAAGUCAUCACUGUUGAAACUACAGAAGCAGCAGCAGCAGCAUUAACAGCGGCAGAGAGCGAAGAAGAAAAGUCAACAGUAGAGGAGAAGAGAAAGGUAGAAGGAAGGGAAGAGAGAGAAAGGGCGCUGCAGCUGCCGGAUUGCCUCUUGCUUAUGAUGUGCGAGCCCAAGCUGUCGAUGGAGGUCUCCAGGGAGACGUGGGUAUGCAGUACGGACUUCCUCAGGUGUAGACCCGAUAAAGGACCCGCUCCUCCUCCCCCUCCCCCUCCCCUUCCCCUUCCUCCUCCAGAAGCCACAGGAAAGAGAAAGGAAGGAGCCGCCGACGAUUCCAAGAGGGUGAGCACCGAUUCAAAUCCUGCGCACCCCCCUCCUGCUAAUCCUGCGCCCCAGCAGCCUCUCUCCAUGGCGACCGUGAUCGAGCAGAAGCUGGUGAACGCGGUGGCGUACGAGCCGUUCGUGCUGACGCGCUGCAAGUCGGAGCCGGUGCGGUCUUCGGCGCGGCUGGCGCCGGAGGCGUGCUUUUGGAAGAGCCGCAAGCUUCCUCCUCAUCAGCCGCCUCUUGGGGUUGGUGCGGCUGGGGUCGGGUUUUGAGCCGAGCCGGUGGGGCUCGAUUCCUUUUUCUUAAAAAAAAAAAAUUUAUUUUAGUUUCUGGGUUUGGGGAAAUGUAAGUGCCAGGUGGCAGUCCUCUUGUGUACUGUGUACAUCCGCUUUUAAUGAAUUUAAUUUUAAUCGAAUUUUUAGA